AUAGCAGUACUAUUUACAAUGUAAGACGUAUCCACAACAAAGAAAAACAGAAUAGGAGUGGAAAUUAAGCUUUCAUACAAGGUUAAUUCUUUUCGAGAAACAAGUACCAGGAUUCAAAACUCAAUCGCGUCUUUCUUAAUUUUAUCCUUUAUUAAGCUUAUAGCAGGUACAUUUUAGUACAAAUUGUUAACGUUGAGACAAGCAUGUAAGAAGGAAUAUUUAGUUAAUCAUUUUGGAGACGUCAUAGAAAGUUAUUUGAGCCGCGUGGAAUUACGCCAAUCCGCACGGUAAAUGAUCUAUCAGAUGUAGAGAUAGCCUUUCAUCUAAAAAAAUCUUAGAUGUAAAAGUUAGUCCGUUGGAUCGACUAAGCACCCGUGAUCUGACAUGCCCUCCCCAGGCUGGCAGGGAGAUGAUCCUCCGAACAACAUUCACGAGGUCUACGACUAUGUCGAUCGAGAACUCAAGCUCUUGAAAACCCGCCUCGCUACAAAGAUCGAAAAGUUCUUCUACGGCGGCAUCGAGCCCAUACAGUUUUUGCUUCAUGUCGAAGAAAUUUUUAAGAGUAAACAUCGGGUAAAGCGAAUCAAGAGCAUGAUUCCUCGAGUAGCCGGGAUGCAGGAGCUUGAUCUGUUUAUAAGGACCUGCAUGGAGGUUCGACGUCCAGGAGGUGUCCGCGAUGCAGGGUUCAGCAAAGACAUCCAGACGUUCGCAACCGCGUUCACCCGAAGCGCCAAAGCUCUUGCAGAUCUCCUGGACGAAGUACGCGACAUCUACAGCAUUGUCCAAACUUUCUGCAGGAACUACCAAUCGCUUGAAGGCGAGUUUGAUUUGAAGUGGGCCCGUAGCACGAAUCUAGAACUCAAAUCCACCCUGGAUGCUACUGAUCAGCUUCUAACCGAUGCUCAUCCGGGUGUGAACAUCAAGUUGUUCAGUGCAGACAAGUUUUCUCUUGAGGUAGCAGAGAGCGUGGACUCCAAGCGAUUUCCGGUGCUUCGGCUCUUUCCGGAUCUCUUCCAGAAGUUCUACUUUUGCAUCCAUCUCCUUGGGAAAUGGCGGGCCAAUGAUCAGAUUUAUCUGGAAGAUAUUCAGUUCAGACUGAUCAAAACCAAGCGUCUGCAAAGACUGAAACAGGAAGAGUACAACACCAUCGAGCUCGAGCAUUCUAACAUCCUGAGUACCAUCGUCGAGAAACGACUCCGCGUUCGCACUCGAGAAAUGAAAGAACGUAUGAAGCAACUAGACCAAGAAAUCAAUAAACUCAUACACCAAAAUCGGGGAAUGAACCAGGAGAAAUCGCAGGGUGAACACGACGUCCUGGAAAGAAAACGAAUGAUCUUCCAAAACAAGGACGUUGCGGACUUUUCCAAAGACAUUGACAGUAUCCUAGGUGUGAGGAAAGACGUCGAGAUCCUGCACAAGAAGCUGAAGUCACUGAACAGGAGUUUGAAGUUAAACGAACAGGAGUUGAUCGCACGCCAGAAGGAGAAGGCUGAGCUGGAGCGAGACUAUGAAGACACGAGACAGGCAAUUAGUCGAUCCAACCAACUAGCUUUUGAACGAUCAGAACUCUCUAAGGAGAUAUCAAUCAUCAAUGAAAAGAUUCAUGAACUUGAAACAAUAUUCUACAGGAAGACCGACCGUCAGAAGCUGGAACAAGCUUUUGAAGAACUCAGGGGGUCGGAUGAGAAUGGUUAAACUUUUGUCUAUGAAUUAUUGAUAUGUUUUGAAUGAAUUGUGGAUUCUGCCAAAGACUAUAAUUUUUAUGUAAUCAUAAAAAAUAUAAACCUUUGUUCUAUAAACAAAAGAAAAAUGUACCUCUUGAAUUUCUGGGACCAGCCAUCCAUCACUGUGUAAGCUAUAUUAGAUUCGGUCACAAUCAUUGAUAAAGGCAGCAGUGCACUUUUGCGUGCAGAUGGGGGAGGGGGCUCGGACACAUGCCCCCCCCCCCCAAAAAAAAAAAAAAAAAAAAAAAAAAGUUUAACAACCAAGAAAAAACCCAGACAAUUAAUGUCAAGAUAUUACGUCAAAAUCUAUCAACAAAUUAUAUUUUCUUAUCCAGAAGGAAUCAUUUUGCUCAAUCGCUUCGCUUGCAUGCAGCAUUUUACAAAUAUUUCCCGGACGGUUUGUCUGGUCCCUAUUUUUUUUUUUUUUUUUUUUUUUUUUGGGGGGGGGGGGUCAUUAUGCCACUACAGCAGUACCUGGAUAGCCGGAGGUAAAUUUUCCAUGGUGUUGAGAUUUUUUUUUUCAACUUCAAAUGAACUUUUCUUUUAUGAUCGUACCUGUAUUCCUGGAUGGGCUGUGGCUUAGGAAGUAGUUAGGCGUUUCGUCGAAUAUCGCCUCUUCAUUUAUCUCUUUUCGAGAUUAUUGUGCCUUUGAUAGGCAGUCCUGGGAUUUUCUGGUUCUAUCCAAUGAAUGGGUUAUUCCAGUAAUUCUGUAUAAUAGUUCCGUUACUAAACAUAACGGUGCCUGAAAAAUCAAAGACCUUAACUUGAGCAUUGUAUUCAUGGAUGAAAGAAUACCUAGGCAUUUACCCACUGAUUCAAAUUAAAGUCACUCUUGCAAAUAACCUGCCUUUAAUGUUUUAUCAUCCAUUCGACAAAGAGUUAAUCUUUCUUAGAAAAUUGGAAAUGCAAAAUGGCUAUACGCAAUAGGUUCUAAGCUGCGAUGGGUAUAUUCUUUUCAAUGAAUUGAGCAUAUAUGUUUAGAUUAUUCUCAUUUCUGCAUAAUUAUUAUGCUAAUGCGAUUGUAUUAAUAAUUGAAUAAACGAUUUAUCAAAAUACACAAAUUAAGCAGUUUUGGUGAAUAUCUAUCUGUCCCAUCCCCAUCCGAAAUUGUUUUCAUGAUAUCCAAGGAAACAUCCAAUUUUAAUUGCGGUGUAAGCAAAAUCUGAUUUCGUAACUCAUAGGCCCGUAUUCUGAAGUCAGCUUUAACUUAGACCAUUGUCUAACUCUGUGCUAAAAUGAUGGGAAGCCAAAAGUUAAAAAAUUAUGUUCAUAUUGUAUAUUUCUUAUGUUUACUACUAGUAUUUUGUUUCCGUUUGUUUUCAUAAUGAAGAAAAAUACUUCAGUUAUCAUUCCCAGACAAUGAUUAUAAACAAUUUGGGUGUCAUAUGAGUUAAUAUACUGCACGUGUACUGUAAGGGAUUUGUGCUCUAAUUGGCUCUCCAUAGUUAAACCACAAUUUUAAACCAGGGUUUAAUUCAAACCCGAGUUCAGAAUACGGGCCAUAAAGUUAUUUAUAUUUGAAUAAAAGAUUUAUGGUUUAUCUAAAUAGCUAAUAAAUCAUUGUAUGAUACAGAA